AUGUCUGUUGAUGAGCGAAUAAAAGUUGCAAAAGAUAAUCACGUGUGUUUCAGCUGCUUGAAGAAAGCGGGUCGGGAUCAUCGUCAGGCAAAUUGCAGCAGGCGAAAGCAAUGCACCAAGUAUGAAAAUGGAGUCCAGUGCACAUCCAGUCACCAUCCACUGCUGCACAAUUCAGGUGCAACCAUUGCAUUAGUAACUGGUCUAAACGACUCAAUCCUACCAGUUAUUUCUGCCAACAUUUGCGGAUCAAAUGGUCUCUACAAGCGCGGCAACGUUCUUCUGGAUACUGGAUCUCAGAUAAGUCUAAUCCGCAGCGAAACGGCGGAGAGUCUCGGUCUGAAAGGGAAAGACAUCUCCGUUAACAUCGUAAAAAUAGGUGGAGAGGAAGAGUCAAUCUGCACAAAGAGCUACAAAGUUCAAGUAAGCAGAAUCGGAGAAUCAAAGAAGUACACAAUCACUGCAGUUGGAAUACCAUAUAUCAGUGAGGAUGUCAAAGGAAUCAAUACCAGGAAUGCAAUCGAAAAACUCGGAUUACCAAAGGAUAAGGUGAAGCGUGGAAAGGGCCAAGCCGACUUACUUGUUGGAAUCGAUCAUUCAUACAUGCACACGGGUCAAACGAAGCAAGUCGAACAUGUGGUCGCGAGAGAAUCGCCACUCGGCUGGGUUCUGUUCGGAUCAUCAACGGGACAGUCAUACAAUGCAACAACAACUGUGUUACACGUGAGGUACCCAGAAGCAGUUGAUUUAUCAGAAUUUUGGGCAACCGAAGCCAUGGGAGUAACAGUAAAGCCGUGCACCUGUGAAGCUGAAAAAUCGAGCCAAUCCGAAAGAGAAGAAAAGCAAGUGAUUGAACAGUCUGCAAAAAAGGUUGGAAAGCAGUGGAUGAUUCCAUAUCCAUGGAAGAAAAACCCCCAAGACUUACCAGACAACAGAAUCCAGGCAUUGAAACGACUAGAGUCAACUGAGCGUCGAUUAUUGAAAAUUCCUACGCAAGCAGCAGCGUACAACAACAAGAUGACAGAAAUGGAAAACAUGGGGUUUUCUCGAAAGUUAUCCGAGAAGGAAGUUAAAGAACACAAACAACCAUUCCAUUACAUCUCCCACCAUGCAGUUCUAAGACCUGACAGUACGAGCACCCCGGUUCGUAUCGUGUUCAACUCGUCCGCUACGUUCCUAGGACAUAAGCUCAACGAUUAUUGGCAAAAGGGGCCUGAUCUUCUGAACUCUCUAUUCGGAGUUAUUCUCCGUUUUAGGGAAAAUAAAGUUGCCCUCACUGCUGACAUCUCAAAGAUGUACCACCGAGUCCUUAUUUCUGUCGAAGAGCAGCACGCACACCGAUUCCUAUGGAGGGAUUUAGAGAUUGAUAGACCUCCGGACACUUUCGUUAUGAACGUACUUACGUUCGGUGACAAACCUGCACCAGCGAUGGCCCAAGUUGUCUUGCGGAAAACUGCAGAUGAAGGAGCAUCACAGAACCCGAGAGCAGCAAAAGUUAUAAUGGACAAUUCUUACAUGGACGAUAUUCUGGAUUCAGUUGCUACAAAUGAAGAAGCAAUCGGGUUGAUUAAAGCAAUCGACAGCAUCCUUGAUAAUGGCGGGUUUCAUGAGAAGGGAUGGCAAUCAAACGGAGAGUUGAACAGGAAAGACGAGCAAGAAGAUGGUAAUGAAGUUGAUGUUCCUCAUGGAAAACAAGAGUCAAAAGUGCUCGGCCUGGCCUGGAACAAGAAAGAGGAUGUGCUUUAG